CGCCACAACGUACAGAUACUGGUCUAAUGGACCUAUGUGGGCAGGGGAAAAUCAAGAAAAAUAUUGUGGAGAUUACUGGUGGACCAACUUACUGUACGUCAACAAUGUUGUGGACACUAAAAAGUUGUGUUUUGGAUGGUCGUGGUAUCUGGCCAAUGACAUGCAAUUCUUCGUGAUUACACCUUUUAUCUUGCUGCCUCUGUUUUGGAGUAGAAUUGCCGGCGCAGUCAUCAUGUUUCUGUUAUUGCUAGGCUGUUGGAUAUCUUCUGGAUCUGUCUCGGCCUACCAUAAGUAUGGGCCCAAUGGCGUGGGAGGAAAUGAGUGAGUUUAAG